UUUCAUCCAUUGAUUCAUUGUUAAUCAAGUUCUACAUAGAACCAAUCGAUGAUAAACAAUAAAACUUGUAGAAUUGGGUACAGCAAUUUUUAUGAAUAAAAAUGUAAAUUUAAAUUAUUUUUAAAGAACAAUUUCGUCAGUCCUUACCAUGAUCCUUAACUUUCCCUUUACCUGACUUUCGUUAUACUACUUGUACAGAAGCAAUUCAUAUAACAUUAAAUAUUGGGUAAAACAGCUGAGGAUUGGAUACAUUGAUAGUGGAUAAAGAAUGAAUUCAUCGUUUUCUCAGAAACUUUUUCGGACCUUUGGGCAAAAAAGGUUUUAUUAUAGACCUUGGAUAAAAAUAGAAAAUGUUCGACCCACGCCCUUAUGGAAACCUAUCACAUUUGCAAUUGGAAUAGGUUCAGCUACAUUUUAUGCAGCGCAAUACUUGGAUAAACGAAAACAACCUAGCGUAUGGAAUUCUCGAAGUCUUAUUGAUCGCACGUCGAACCGAAGCGUCAUUUUUUCCAUUAUAGGUAUAAAUGUGGGUAUAUUCGCUUUAUGGAGGAUCCCUGCGUUUCAUAGAUCCCUCGAAAAGUACGCUGUAAUGAAUCCUACUUUUAUAAAUUUACCCUCUAUGGUUGUAUCCGCUUUUAGCCAUCAGUCAGGCUGGCAUCUACUAUUCAACAUGGCGGCUUUUUAUUCUUUUGCUCCAGCGAUUCUUGACGUCUUUGGAACAAAUCAGUUCAUGGCUUUCUAUACUUCAUCCAUAUUGUUCUCUAACCUAGCUUCGUUGCUCCAUCAUCGCCUGCGCUUUGGUGUCAAAGCUCAUCCAGGAUCAUUGGGUGCUAGUGGUGCCGUGUAUGCCAUUGCUGCCGCCACUGCGUACUUUUUUCCAAAUGCUUCUGUCUCCAUCAUUUUUCUCCCCUUUAUCCCCAUCAAAAUUGGUGUAGCGUUAUUGGGUCUUAUGGCUUUUGACACGUGGGGCCUUGUUUCCAAAGGAUUUGCCAAGUACACCUUUUUCGAUCAUGCUGCUCAUCUAGGAGGAGGAAUUUUUGGCUGGCUGUAUGCAAAAUAUGGUUACUCUACUUACAAUCGCUCGAUCCGCCCUCGCUCACCUCCUCCUGCCAGACCUUCCUUUUCUAAAGUUAUAUCCUUUUAAAUAAGUAAUGAAUGACGAAUUGUUUUGAAUACAUCACUGAAUAUUAUUUGAUAGGAUGUAUCUUAUGGCUUGAAACUGAACUUUUAGCAUUUAUUUUCGAAUGUAUUUAUUUAUUUAUUUACUUACAUUAAGCACACUAAAUUACACAAAGUACAUUAGCAUAUAAGCGAUCAAUACUCGUUAAGCAAAGAAGCAGUCACGGGAAGAAACCAAC